AUGAAGAGGGGGUCCGAUUUCUUCAGAUAUCUUGAAGACGAUGACAAUCGGCCAUCUAUACUAGCAGCCGAUGAGACAGAUCACCCAAGAAUCCGGCGAGCCUACGCGCCAGCAUUUUCACGGCGAGCCUUAGCCCGUCAGGAGCCAAUCCUAGCCAAGUAUGGUGACGCUCUCGUUGAAAUCCUUUCCGACAUGGAAGAAAAUACUAUCAAUAUACGCGAUUUGUUCCAUUAUACGCUUUUUGAGAUUGUUGGGCAUUUCCAAUUUGGUGAAGAAUUGGGAGUCCUGCGAAAAGGGGCACAUAGAACGUGGGUACACAGCCAGCCCAGGUUGGUACGGGUCGCGACUUUGCUAUCAGCUCUCGCCGAAUUCUCCUGGAUCAAUCUUCUGUUCCGCUCGACUAUACCCUGGAUGUCGAAGUGGCGCCGCAAGGCUUAUUUCAAGGCUUCGAAUGACCUCAUAGACCAUCGACUUCGUACUCAGAGCGACGAACCUGACCUCAUCGGCCUUACUUUUCGCAACAGUCGCAACUUGUCCCUGACUGAGAAAGACAUCCGUGCCAAUGCCCACAUAAUGAUGACUGGAGGGGCAGAAACGACCAUGACCACCAUAACAGCCUUGACCGCAUACCUCCUUCAGCACCCUGAGUGUUUCGCACGUCUCAAAAAUGAGAUUCGCACAGCAUUCCACGACAAGAGCCAGGUAUCUCUGGAAUCAGUAUCGAAUCUUGCUUACCUAGAUGCCUGCAUCAAGGAGGCUCUAAGAAUUUUUCCCCCGAUCCCCGGGGCUAUGCAUCGUGUUACCCCUGCGAGCGGGGCGCUCAUAGCCGGUCGAUGGGUCGCAGGAAACAUGCGGGUCUAUAUUCCCAUCUUUGCAGUCACACGUUCACCCACUCACUUCUGGAACCCUGACAAAUUUAUUCCUGAUCGCUGGCUAAAUGGUGCAGACGGCCCAUAUCAGAAAGAUAAUAAAGCGGCAUUCCAUCCCUUUUCGACAGGGCCGCGGGGUUGUAUUGGCCAAGAGUGA